AUGCCUCUGUCGUGGUUGUCAUGUGCCAGCGCGGCGAUGCUUCUCCAGUCGAGGGGCGUCGAAGCGGAGCUCCAGGUUGCCCGGUCGGUCGCGAAUAGCACGAAGCUUCACUUGAUGACCUUUAUGUUCAACCUGCACCGGUCGUUCGCAUACCUUCAGGUUUCUGCAGAGGCCAAUCAGAUGUUUCCACACGUGCUUGGUCUCGGCAAGGGCAGUUCCUGGGGCACUGUGGAAAAGGCAAACGCGAUGCGGACCUUUGCUCUCUCACUGAGUGACCAGGAUGUCUUGCUUUAUGCAGACGCGUUUGAUUGUUUGGUUCUCGGCAGUCGGUCUGAAAUUCUCCGAAAGUUUGAGGAGCUUGAAAGCGAAUCUGGGCGCAGCAUCGUCUUCGGUGCCGAGGAAACCUGUUUUCCAAACAGCGAUGGCAUCUGUGAAAAGACCCCUCCAGCAAAACACCGCUGGCGCUAUCUGAAUUCUGGGAUACUUGUGGGUCGUGUGCAUGCUUUCAAGACGAUGCUGCCGAAACCCGUGGAAGAGCAGGUGAAUGAUCAAGUCUGGUUCCAAAGGUACCGCAGAGACAAUCCGGACAAAGUUCUUCUGGACACUGAGUGCAAGCUGAUAUGCACAUUACUCCACCUGCAGGAGGACGGUGUCGACGUAGGAGGCGGUCGACUACAUGUGAGGCCGACCGGCACAGCUCCCCCACUGGUCCAUUUUCCGGGCUUUGGCCAUCGCACCAGAUGGGUCGAUGGACGGCCCACGUCUUCCUUGCAGGACGCCUUCCGGCAGCUUUUCCCGCAGGAGUCUGCCUACCUGAUGGAAGGAUGGUGGCUUGGCAUCCAGGUAGAGGCAACCCACGACCUCAAAAUCUACGACGGCCCGGGUUGGUGGCUACUCUUUACCUCUGCGCUUUGCCUCCAAUGCAACGUGGGAGGCACAGUCUCCGAUGACUGCAGAUCGCUGCGACACAGCGAUUUCUGUUUCUGGCUCAACCUUCGAUGGUUCCUACUUCUGCUGGCCCUGGCCUUCUGCGUGCUCCUCUGCCUGCGCGGCCGGCAGGGAGCUGGUGGCCGGUGUCAGGCGUGGUGGCCAAAGAAGAAGCUGGCCGUCUGGGAGGCGUAA